GCCACACUCAAUGCUUCACAUGUGUAGCUUGAUAUUUGUACCCAGAGAUGCUGUGAAUGAUCACAUUGAUAUUAUGGCAGGAAAGCACGGUAGGAGGUCAAUUCGAAACCGCUUCAAUGUGACAGGAACAGGAAGUGGUGAACAGAGCAAUCUACAACAUGAGGCUCGUCUCAUUCCUCUGUCUCGACACUGCCUGUUCAUUAUCUCAGCCUUUUCAAAUUCAUCUUGCUUUGCCAUGAAUUUAACUUAAAUCUGGAGGGAAUAUCUUCAGCCCUAUCCUGCCUGGCACCUGUUUGAAUCUCGGGAGGCAAAAUGACACAAACAAAUGCUGGAACUGCCAAUGGUACCAUGAAGAAGGGAGAGGAACUUAAGAUUGUGAUAGUGGGAGAUGGUGGCUGUGGGAAAACAUCCCUUCUGAUGGUUUAUGCUAAAGGUGAUUUUCCAGAGAAAUAUGCCCCGUCUGUGUUCGAAAAAUAUGUCACAACCAUCUCUCUCGGACAAAAAGAGAUAAAGCUCAACCUGUAUGACACAGCGGGGCAGGAUGACUACGACAGACUGCGGCCACUCUCAUACCAAGAAGCCGAUUUGAUUUUAGUCUGCUUCGAUGUGACUAAUCCUACUAGCUACGAGAAUGUCCUGAUAAAGUGGCACCCAGAGGUGAAGCACUUCUGCCGGGACACUCCUGUCAUCCUGAUUGGCUGCAAGACUGACCUCAGGAAGGAUAAAGAGUGUUCAAGGAAGCUCAAGGCUAUGAAUCAGGACCCCAUCACUUAUGGACAGGGGGAGGAGACCCGGCAGCAGAUGAAUGCAGAGCUCUACCUCGAGUGUUCAGCAAAGCAUCAGGAGAACGUGGAAGACGUUUUCAGAGAGGCCACCAAAAGGACUUUGGCUUUCAAUCGAAAACAAAAGAAUUUCAAGAGGAAGAAGAAAUGUGUUGUUUUGUGAAGUCAAAAACACACUGGAGGACUCCACUUGCUAACUUUCUCAUUCACACUGAGGAAGGUUGGACAUUUAGAGACAAGGGGUUUGCAGCUUCCAGAGUCAGAACUGUGGGCCCCUCUGAAUCAUCAGCCCUUUACCUUCGCAAGAACAUAACUAUUGAGGUAACAGGAAACACAGUUUUGCAAGAAAUGGCGGUGGUGUGCAACCUAAAAUGCCUUUGGUCAAUUUAUUUGUACUUUUGUAUGAGAUGCAUUUUGUAUUUUUAUAUAUAUUUUCUAAUAUAAAGCUUUUUGCGGUUUAAGAAAACCUGUAUUUUUAUUGAAAUGUUAGUCUUUUAGAGGAGAUCUUUUUUACUGAAUCAGGUUUAAAAGCUGCUGGUAGGUAACAGAAUAGUGUUUAAAUUCAACACAUAAUGGUACUGUGACAGAGUUAGUUCAUUUCCAGUAAAACAAAACGCUGAACCAGAAUUUGCUUUGGAGCUGAGCCAACAUGGAGCAGAUCUCUAAUCUUUACCAACAGCGCCCACUGGUGUUGGAAACCAUGAAUGUGUACCAUGGGAGAACAUUUAGGUAUUUACAUGAUUCCCACAUAGUCAAGUAAAUAAAUGAAAUGUAAUUUGGUCUCAUUGCACAACAAAACAAAACAAAGCAGAAAUAGCAACAAAGUUUGAUUAGGUGUUUAUUUAUUAAUAUACUUUAUACAACAAUGUACACAGAUUGAGGAAUUGUUAACUGUCACGUCACUGAUCAUACUCAAGCACCAGUUAGUCUUGAAAUGAACGGUGAAAACAUUAACAUCAGCUACAUCAUAAAAAUGAGGAAAUCAAGUUGUUCUGUGCAUCUUGUCAACGCUUACAUCAAAAGUAGCAUCUUGGUAUUUGAAUAAACAUGCUUAAAUGUUCCCCUCAAUAAAAGUGAUUUGAUUCUUUUCAGCAUGA